AUGUGGCGCAGCCUGCCCGGCGCGCAGGAGCGCGUCGACGAGUUGUUGGCGCUCGUCGCCGAGGACAAGCCCGCGAGCGAGCGGCCGCCGAUGCACGUGCUGAAGCGGCUCAUCGACGAGCGGCUCGAGGACGAGGACAAGUGGGUGCAGAUCACGGCGGGCUGCGUGAGCCGCGAGCUCGGCAUCCCCUGCGAGUCCUUCGAGCGGGAGAUCGAGGACACGUUCGUGAGCAAGGUCCGCGCGGCCUACGCGGAGCGCGAGUCGGACCCGCCGCCGCAGCCCGAGUGGACGUACGGCGACACGAUCCACGACUGGUUCGACGCGCGCGACCUGCCGGGCAUCUUGGACGAGGAGCUCUUCAAGCCCGAGGGGCCGCCGCAGGUCAAGCACUGCGGCGUCCGCGCGGACGCGCCGAAGGUGAACCUGCUGAGGAAGCCCGACGCGUCGCUCGGCGGCGGCCGCGGCCGCGGCGCGGGCGGCCGGGGCGGCGCGCAGAAGCGGGACCUGUCGCCGCGCUACCAGGCGGGGCUCGCCGGCGCGCCGCCGCGGAGCGAGCCGGCGGCGAUCCCCGCGCCGCGGCCGAGGAAGGAGGCCGCGAAGCGGAGGAAGAUCGUCAUGCUCGACGAGGCGCCGCCGAAGCAGGAGAAGCAGGUCGUCUCGUCGUCGUCCAAGGACCCGCUCAAGGCGGCGCUCGCGCCCGCGAAGCGCGCCGCGCCGGCGCCGGACCCGCUCAAAGCCGCGCUCGCCGCGCCCGCCGCGCCGGCCCCGGCGGCCCGCCGCGCCGCGCCGGCCCCGCCCCGUCCGCUGGCGCCGCCGCCGCGGCCCGCACCGCCCGCACCGCCCAAACGCGCGCCCGCGCCGCCCGCCGCGCCGCCCGCGCCGGCGCCGGCGCCCGCGCCGGCGGCCGGCGAAAAGCUCGACGCGCUCCUCGGCGACGACUGCAACCUCGCGACGGCGGACGUGCGCGCGCUCUUCCAGGCCUUCCUCGAGAAGCGGCCCAAGCCCGCGAACGCGGCGGACAAGGUCAAGAUCCACGAGGAGACGAAGCCCGACGACAAGGGCGUCAACAUGAAGUCGUCCAUCUUCCUCGUCCUCGACUGGGCCGCCUACACCUACAAGCGCACGCGGAAGCGGAAGCCCGCCGCCUUCCUCGCCAAGCUCACGCCGACGAAGUCGUCCAUCAAGAAGACCUGGGACGAGCGCGUCGCCGCCGCCGAGGAGGCGCGCAAGUACUUCCUCGCCGGCCGCACGAUCCGCGCCGCCUGCCUCUCGAAGCGCAAGCGCGCCGUCCCGGAGACGCCGAGCGCCGAGCUCCUGAAGAAGAUCGUCGAGAAGCUCCGCGAGGCGGAGAUCCGCCGCGACAUCGAGCAGGAGGCCGUCAAGUUCAAGGCCGCCGCGUGCCGCCGCGCGUCGCCGUUGAAGUUCAAGCAGGCCCAGCACGCCGCCCGGGCCAUCAAGCUCCGCGUCAAGCUCGUCGAGGCGACGCAGCGCCGCAACGAGCACCUCGAGGCCGUGCGUUCGAAGGCGACGCGGUCGCCGCCGCGGUCGCCCGAGAAGCGCGAGCGCGCCGCCCAGACCUUCGACCUCGGCGACGUCUGCAAGAAGCUCGCCGACGCCGGCGACCGCCGCGACGCCAUCCUCGCCGCCAAGGUCGAGAAGGCGAAGAAGCUCGCGGAGAAGCGCCGCGCCGCCGACGGGCAGGCGGCGCCGUCGACGGUCGACGCGCUCGCGUCCAAGCUCGGCGCCGCGGAGCAGCGCCGCGGCGCGAUCCUCGCCGGCAAGGUGGAGAAGGCCAAGGCCCUCGGCUCGCCGGCCAAGCCCUGCGCGCCGCCGCCCCCUCCGACGGACAAGGAGGCGAAGCGCGCCGCGGCCGCCGAGCGCCGCGCCGCGUACCUCCGCCGCGUCGCGGCCAAGGCCAAGGCCAAGGACGUCGUCGCGCCCGAGGAGGACGUCGCGGCGCUCCGGGCGACGCUCGCGGCGAAGCUCGCCGGCGCCGCGGCGCGCGCGGGCUCCGCGGCGUCGCGCCGCUCGAAGCGCGGCGCCGCGCUCGGCACGGACGCGGUCCUCGCGGCCGCCGUGCGCGCCCUGCGCGUCACGGCCAAGGCCGCCGAGCUCGCCAAGGCCCUCGACGCGAAGCACGGCGCCGCGGCCGCGCGCCGCGCCGCGGCCGCGCGCGCGGCCGAGGCCAAGGCGGCGGCCCGCGGCCGCGCGCGCGAGGCCGCCCGCUUCCGCAAGACCCAGUCCCUCUACGUCAUCGUCGACAAGCCCGCCGCUGAGGUCUGA